AUGACUGACCGUCACGUCUUUACGAGUCAAAAUAACUAUGCGAGACUUGAAGAAACCCUUGAAUCUAUAGUAGCUGAUGAAAAUGAUGAUGCGCAGUACGACGUCUUUUUAUUGCCACCAGAUCCAGCUAUUGUUAGUGAUGAAGAAGAAGGUAAUGAAGAUGACUUGUCUUCUACAACUUUCCCGAGAGACGUACCGGGUACAGUUGAGAUAGCCCCACUGCAUCCUAAUCAUGAUGUUUCGGAAUGGGAUGACAGUGAUAACGAGCCAUUGUCCACUCACUCACGACCUGCAAAGCGAGCUAGAAGGCGAGAUUCUAACGAGCCUGUAUGGAGAAAAACUUUACCCUUAUACAGCAUGACCCAUGACGUAACUGGUAUCAUUCAGCGACGACAAGAAGUCCUCGUUGAAUCUUUGAAAGACUGCAGCCCUGUGAUGUUAUUUGAGAAGAUAUUUGAUGAUAAUGUUAUGAGUUUGAUUGUGAAAUAUAGCAUGAAGUAUGCUGGGCAACAUAACAGACACAGUUUUGAAAUUGAUAAGCCCGAAUUGAGAACUUUUCUGGCCAUUUUAUGUUUUACUGGAUAUCAUGAACUGCCUUCCGAACGUGCCUAUUGGAGUUUGGAUGAAGAUCUCGGCGUUCCAUUGAUCGCCAAUUGCAUAUCACGCAAUAGGUUUUUCGGACAUUAA